AACAUCGAUCGAUCAUUUACAUGUUGAAUGAUCAUGGCCGUUGAUCCGAAGAAUGAUCGGCAUGACUUCAUUGUCAAGAUCGACGAUGAAGAGAAUGAUCAGUUAAUCAACAAAGGCGAUGGAGGAAAGUUUUCGAGAGAGUCAAGCUAUAACUUCUUGCACGGUGGUGACCAGAAAGUUCAGAAGAGCGGUUAUACGCCCCGUGGUGAUGAUGACUUAGACGACGACGACUACGACGACGGAGGAGGUUUUGACUUCACGCCGCGGAGAAACGAGCCAGUAGAUCCACCGUCAAAGCUCAUAUACCAGUUUCUCAACAAACAGAAAGCUUCAGGAGAUGAGAUCACACUCGACAUGGAACCCAACAUGCCCGAGCUUCAAAGCCACACGGUUUCUCCGUCGCAAGUCACGGCGACGAUGGGUCACGGUAACGAAACUAUUGACGCGGUUAGACGGAGACAUAACAGAGUCACGUUAUCUCCGUCUGUUAAAGAUAGUAGUGAAAGUAGCGAAGAAGAAGACAGAGUUGAUGAAACAGAGGUUGUGAAGUGCAGCUCGAAUAGAACGAACAAGACUUUGAUGAAGACCAAGACUAGAUCAAGAUUGAUGGAUCCUCCGACUCCGGGUUACCCGGAUAUGCAUUCGGGCCGCCGGACUCCAAAGUCGGGUCAUUUGAAAUCCGGGAAUUUGAAACCCGGGUUUAGCGGGAAAACCGCUAAACCAGGAAAUCCAAACCCGGAUUUGGAAGAAGAGGAGGAUCCGUUCUCCGAGGAGGAUUUUCCUGAAGGUUACCAGAAGGAUAAGCUCUCUCUUUGGGUUAUCAUGGAGUGGAUCUUUCUGAUUCUGAUCAUAGCCGGUUUGAUUUGUAGCCUCCUAGCGAUACCUUUCUUGCGCCACAAGGAACUAUGGAACCUAGCUUUGUGGAAAUGGGAAGUGAUGGUUCUUGUCUUGAUAUGCGGGAGACUUGUGUCGAGUUGGAUAGUGAGGAUACUCGUGUACUUCGUCGAAAGCAACUUCCUUCUGAGGAAGAAGGUUUUGUAUUUCGUCUAUGGGAUCAGAAAGGCGGUACAGAACUGUCUCUGGCUAGGGCUUGUGUUGAUCGCGUGGCAUUUCUUGUUCGACAAGAAAGUCCAAAGAGAGACUGGUAGCAACGUGCUUAAGUAUGUGAAUAAAGUUUUGGUCUGUUUACUCGUUGCUGUUAUCAUCUGGCUUAUAAAGACCUUACUUGUUAAAGUUCUCGCUUCCUCCUUUCAUAUGAGUACUUACUUUGAUCGGAUUCAAGAAUCUUUGUUUACUCAGUACGUUAUUGAGACACUCUCUGGACCUCCUCGUAUGAUUCAUGUAGAAGAGGAGAUGGCUGGAGCUAAGCUAUCUCCUCCGGAGGGUCCAAAAGUGACCAUUGGAAGUGGAAGGCUGCAGAAGAGUCCGACCAUGAUCGGUAAGAGUCAAGUACUUUCCAGGAGUGGUUCCAAGAAAGGAGAGGACGAAGGGAUAAGGAUAGAUCAUUUGCAGAGAAUGAACACUAAGAACGUGUCGGCUUGGAAAAUGAAGAGACUGAUGAAUGUAAUAAGAAAGGGAGCACUUUCUACUUUGGAUGAACAGAUACAAGACACCUCGACUCACAAAGAUGACAAAGCCACACAGAUACAAAGUGAGAAUGAAGCAAAAAAUGCAGCUAGAAAGAUUUUUCAGAAUGUUGCUAUGCCUGGUUCCAGGUACAUAUAUAUUGAAGACUUCAUGCGUUUUCUUACUGAAGAUGAGUCUGAAAGAGCUAUGAAUCUCUUUGAAGAAGCUUCUGAGAGUGACAAAAUCAGUAAAUCUUGUCUGAAGAAUUGGGUGGUUAAUGCCUUCAGAGAACGAAGAGCACUAGCUCUAACCUUAAACGACACAAAAACAGCAGUGAACAGGCUUCACCGAAUCAUCAACAUUUUGGUCAGCAUUGUGAUCAUAAUCAUAUGGCUUCUCAUCCUCGGAAUCGCUACAACUAAGUUCUUCCUAGUCAUAAGCUCUCAGCUUCUUCUUGUAGUCUUUGUGUUUGGAAACUCAUGUAAGAACUUGUUUGAAGCUGUCAUCUUCGUCUUUGUCAAUCAUCCAUUUGAUGUCGGUGACAGGUGUGAAAUAGACGGUGUUCAGAUGAUUGUGGAAGAGAUGAACAUUUUGACUACGGUGUUUCUUCGAUUUGAUAAUCAGAAGAUUGUAUACCCUAACAGUCUUCUCGGCAACAAACCUAUUGCUAACUAUUACCGUAGUCCUGAUAUGCAAGAGAUCGUUGACUUCUUCGUCCAUAUAGCAACUCCAAGUGAGAAGAUAACCGCCUUGAAACAGAGGAUACUCAGCUAUGUAGAUAACAAGAAGGAUUAUUGGUAUCCAUCGCCGAGGAUAGCAUUUAGAGAAAUGUGUGGACUGAACAGUAUGAAAAUCACGAUAUGGGCAACUCAUAAGAUGAACCAUCAUAACAUGGGAGAGAGGUUUGUGAGGAGAGGUCAAUUACUUGAAGAGAUUGGUAGAUCCUGCAGAGAAACUGAUAUCGAAUAUCGGUUAUAUCCUCUUAAUAUCAACAUCAAAAGCCUUCCUCCUGCUGCUGCUCCAAUCAUUUCGGAUCGCGUUCCUCUGAGCUGGAACAACCAACAACGCAAUGCCUAAGAUUGCAAGAUUUUGAGUUUUCCUUUUUUUUGUAUUUGUAGAAAGUGGUUGAAAGAGAGAUUUUGUUAUUGUUUUCUUGCUUUUUACUCUCUCUUAAUUGGUGUUUGAGACAUUUAUGAUUCUCCAUAUUUGUACUGUGAAGCAGGAACUUGUU